UACGAUGGUAACGCUGAAGCGAGGUUUAGCUUGUGCGGCUUCACACCAAACAACACCAAAACCUUGUAAACUGAUUCAUCAUUUUCAUGGGUCUCAAGCACGAUCCUUUGCAAGAACCCACCAAACAGUUCAAUGGGGGCAACCAGUUACCCAAUUACCCUUUUGGUCAUUCUGGCAUUGACAAACAGUUCCUAACUGCUCCAAUAAAAUCUGCUGUUGACAAGUACCAGCUUCUUCCUGAGUUUCUUAAGGUUAGAGGAUUGGUGAAGCAACAUUUGGAUUCCUUUAACUAUUUUGUGAGAACCGAUAUUAAGAAAAUCAUUCGUGCUAAUGACCUUAUCGUGUCGCCUAGGUACCCGCAUAUUUAUCUAAGGUUUUUGAAUGUCAGAAUUGGUACCCCGUCGAUAAUAGUUGAUGGUAGUCCCGAGAACAUUACUCCACAGACGUGCCGUUUAUCUGACCAGACGUAUGCGGCUCCUAUAUUGGUUGAUGUUGAGUACACUCAAGGAAGUCACGAUAACCCAAGAAAAGAAAAGAAGACCAAUGUUGUUAUUGGAAGAAUGCCUAUUAUGUUGCGGAGUUGUUGUUGUGUCUUGUACGGGAGAGAUGAAGAUGAACUUGCAAAACUUGGUGAGUGUCCCCUCGAUCCUGGAGGAUAUUUUGUAAUUAAAGGGACUGAGAAGGUGAUUUUAAUACAAGAGCAACUUUCAAAGAAUAGAAUAAUUAUAGACACUGACAAGAAAGGAAACAUUACUGCAUCUGUGACAAGCAGCACGGAGAAAAUAAAAACAAAAACUGUUAUUGUGAUGGAAAAUGAAAAGAUGUGGUUACAAUUGAAUCAAUUUCCGAAGAAGGUUCCUCUUAUGAUAGUAAUGAAAGCUAUGGGGAUGGAGACUGUUCAAGAAGUUAUACAAAUGGUUGGAAGAGAUCCUCGUUAUGGUUCACUACUUGUGCCCUCUAUUGAGGAAUGUACAAAAAAUGGUGUACAUACACGAGAGCAAGCAUUGGAGUACCUUGAUUCAAAGGUGAAACGUCCCAUGUAUUCAAACAAUUUAUCUGAAAAGGAAGGAAGAGCAUUUUCUAUCUUAAGAGAUGUUUUUCUUGCAAAUGUCCCGGUGCAUGAAGAUAAUUUUCAGCCAAAAUGUAUAUAUGUUGCUGUUAUGACGAGACGCAUAUUGGAUGCAAUUCUAAAUAAAGAUGCAAUGGAUGACAAGGAUUAUGUGGGGAACAAGCGGUUGGAGUUAUCUGGCCAGUUAAUAUCUCUGCUUUUUGAGGAUCUUUUUAAGUCAAUGACAACUGAAGUUAAGAAUGUCACAGAAAAAAUGAUGGAUAAGCCAGACAAGGCUAAGAAGUUUGACAUUUCUAUGAUUCUUGGUCGAGAUAUUAUCACUCUUGGUUUGGAGAGGACUCUCUCCACUGGUAAUUUUGACGUAAAGAGGUUCAAAAUGGAAAGGAAAGGAAUGACACAGGUGCUACAAAGGUUAUCAUUUAUAAGCGCUUUGGGCCAAAUGACAAGAGUGUCACCUCAGUUUGAGAAGUCCAGGAAAGUAAGUGGACCUAGAGCUUUGCAGCCUAGCCAGUGGGGCAUGCUUUGUCCUUGUGAUACUCCUGAAGGUGAAUCUUGUGGACUGGUAAAGAACCUUGCUUUGAUGACUCAUGUUACUACUGAUGAAGAGGAGGCCCCCCUGAUUUCUCUGUGCUAUUCUCUGGCUGUUGAAGACAUGGAGCAUGUCUCUGCAGAAGAGCUUCAUACACCAGAUUCCUUUCUUGUUAUUUUUAAUGGUUUGAUCCUUGGCAAGCAUAGGAGGCCACAGCGUUUUGCUACUGCAAUGAGAAAGUUGCGGAGAGCUGGUAAAAUUGGCGAGUUUGUGAGUAUCUAUGUCAACGAAAAGCAGCAUUGUGUUUACUUAGCUUCUGAUGGUGGUAGAGUUUGCCGUCCCCUUGUAAUUGCUGACAAGGGAAUAUCAAGAGUCAAAGAGCAUCAUAUGAAAGAAUUAAUAGAUGGAGUGCGUACAUUUGAUGAUUUUUUACGUGAUGGCUUGAUUGAGUAUCUUGAUGUCAAUGAGGAAAACAACGCUUUGAUUGCUUUAUAUGAAGGAGAUGCCACAUCAGAAACCACUCAUAUUGAGAUUGAGCCUUUCACCAUCUUAGGAGUUUGUGCGGGACUAAUUCCAUAUCCUCAUCAUAACCAGUCACCUAGAAACACUUAUCAGUGUGCAAUGGGAAAGCAAGCUAUGGGAAAUAUAGCAUAUAACCAGCUACGCCGGAUGGACACCUUGCUUUACCUACUGGUUUAUCCUCAACGACCUUUGUUGACAACGAAGACAAUUGAGCUGGUUGGAUAUGAUAAGCUUGGAGCAGGUCAAAAUGCCACGGUAGCUGUAAUGAGCUAUAGUGGUUAUGAUAUAGAGGAUGCCAUUGUCAUGAACAAGUCUUCUCUUGACCGUGGUUUUGGUCGUUGUAUAGUUAUGAAAAAGUAUACCGUCAUCAAUCAAAAGUAUGCGAAUAGCACAUCAGAUCGAAUACUUAGGCCCGAUAGAACUGCAGAAAAUGCAGGACGUAUGCAGAUACUUGAUGAUGAUGGGCUUGCUGCUCCUGGGGAAAUUAUUAGACCAAACGACAUCUAUAUCAAUAAGCAAUCGCCAAUUGAUACGCGUAUUCAAAAUACAGGAUCUGCAGCAAAUUUGCCUAACAAUGCAUAUCGAAACAAUUACCAAACAUUUAAGGGUCAUGGAGGAGAAGUAGUCGAUAGGGUGGUUCUUUGCUCUGAUAAGAAUAACAACAUGUGUAUCAAAUUUAUAAUCCGUCACACUCGCAGGCCUGAGCUUGGUGAUAAAUUUAGUAGCAGACAUGGGCAGAAAGGUGUUUGUGGAACAAUUGUCCAGCAGGAAGACUUUCCAUUUUCCGAGAAAGGCAUUUGUCCUGAUCUGAUUAUGAACCCUCAUGGGUUUCCAAGUCGAAUGACAGUUGGAAAGAUGAUAGAGCUUCUUGGAGGGAAAGCAGGGGUUUCAUGUGGAAGGUUUCAUUAUGGCAGUGCUUUUGGGGAAAGAAGUGGUCAUGCUGACAAGGUGGAAACAAUAAGUGAAACUCUUGUGAAGCAUGGCUUCAACUACAGUGGGAAAGACUUCAUUUAUUCAGGUAUUACGGGUUGCCCAUUGCAAGCAUAUAUUUUUAUGGGGCCAAUUUAUUACCAGAAAUUAAAACAUAUGGUGCUCGAUAAGAUGCAUGCUCGUGGUAGCGGUCCUCGUGUCAUGUUAACCAGACAGCCUACUGAAGGGAGAGCUAGAAAUGGAGGUCUACGGGUUGGAGAAAUGGAACGCGAUUGCUUAAUUGCGUAUGGUGCUAGUAUGUUGAUUUAUGAGCGACUCAUGUUAUCUAGUGAUCCUUUUGAAGUUCAGGUGUGUCGAGCGUGUGGGUUGUUAGGAUAUUACAACUAUAAGCUGAAAACUGGUAUUUGUUCGUCUUGUAAGAAUGGAGACAAUAUUUCUACCAUGAAGCUGCCAUAUGCAUGCAAACUCUUGAUUCAGGAACUCCAAUCAAUGAAUAUUGUUCCCCGCUUAAGACUGGCAGAUGCGUAAGAUGAUCCUGUUGUGUGGAAUGCAUGUUAGUGAUGGGUGAAUACAAGGCAGAAUAUUGCCAUUGGCCACUAAACCAUUUAUGAAUUUUUGUUGAUCCUUUGUAUAUUAG